AAGGUUUCAAACAAACAGAAACAGACAGCCAUAAACGUUCCGUAUGAAAUAAACAAACAAAACAUUCAAAGUCAAAUGUAUUUAUAGUGUUCAGUAGUUAUAACCACAUUUAAUUCUAUUUUUUAAUCGUAUUAAAUUGAGGAAAGUAGUUCACUACAAAUAUGAAAAGACUGAAGUAAUUACUUACAAUUCAAUUUCCUUUUGAAAUUAUCAGAAAAUGUGCUGGCUGUGAUAAACAAUAACACCAUCAGUUAGGGAGCUUCUUUGGGCACUGAGAAAAAUACAAUAAUCAGUUUUUCAACAUGGUUUCUUCACACAAAGAAGAUGAUGAGUUGCCGGACAAGAAUGUUGCUAGAGAUUUCUAUGCAAAAUAUGAACCCAAAGAAGUUCUUGGAAGAGGCGUGAGUAGCACAGUAAGAAGAUGUGUGGAAAAAGAUACUGGACGAGAAUUUGCGGCUAAAAUUAUUGACAUCAGCGCAGAUAUGGAUGAUUCUUCUGGUAGUUUAAAAGAAGCGACUCUUAGAGAAAUAUCAGUUUUAAAAUUAGUAGCUGGACAUCCUUACAUAAUUGAACUACAUGAUGUAUUUGAGUCAUCAACUUUCAUUUUCCUAGUUUUUGAAAUAUGCAAAAAUGGAGAGCUUUUUGACUACCUUACUAACGUAGUUGCCUUAUCUGAAAAGAAGACCAAAACUGUUAUGAAGCAGCUUUUUGAAGCAGUCGAAUUCAUUCAUGAUAAAAAUGUUGUUCAUCGAGAUUUAAAGCCUGAAAACAUUUUAUUAGAUGAUUCUUUUAAUGUAAAGUUGACAGACUUUGGCUUUGCACAAGUUCUAUCUCCUGAUGAAAGAUUAUAUGAACUAUGCGGGACACCUGGCUAUUUAGCACCUGAAUUACUCCGCUCUUCCAUGUAUGAAAAUGCUGAUGGCUAUGGCAAGGAAAUCGACAUAUGGGCAUGUGGUGUCAUCAUGUAUACUCUUCUUGUUGGUUUUCCACCAUUUUGGCAUAAAAAACAGAUGAUAAUGUUAAGAAAUAUUAUGGAUGGAAAGUAUGAAUUCUGCAGUCCGGAAUGGGAUGACAUUACAAAUUUACCAAAGGAUUUAAUCAAAAAACUUUUAGUCUUGGAUCCAAAGAAAAGAAUAACAGCUUCUGAAGCUUUAAUGCAUGACUUUUUCAAAAUAGUAGUAAGUACUGCAAAAGGCAGAGUAUUCAAUGCAAGAAAGACUUUUCAAUUUGGAAUUCUUUGUGUACGUGCUGUGAUACGUUUAAAGAGAUUGAAAUAUACUCCUGAACCACUAUCUGUAGAUAUUGCCAAAGGUGAUCCAUACCGAUUGAAGACACUUCGCAAGGUAAUUGAUGGUUGUGCAUUUAGAGUGUACUGUCAUUGGGUAAAGAAGGGAGAAAUGCAGAAUAGAGCAGCUCUUUUUGAAAACAGACCUCGUACAGAAAUGAAAACUUUGAUCAACGAAGCUUUAAAACUUGCUGCUGCCAAUUGAUACUACUUAAAAAAAGGGAAUCGUUAUUUACUGAACCAUGAAAGCUAAAUUUUUCAAGUAAAGUUUUAGAUCCCUUUUAAAAUGGGGUGUUUAUUAAUUUUCUCUGUUCAUAUUUAUUAAUUUAUUCUUAAAAUAAAGUAUUAGUAAAGAAUAGUGUGAUACCUUUUCUUGAACAAACUUUGUGUAGUUAUCACUACAUCUUAAAUCAAAUUGCUAUAUGUAUUGUUUUCCUUAUUUUCAUGUAUUUGUAAAUAUCAACUGAAUGUUUAUAGUGUAAAUAGUAGGAAUUUUACUAUUCCCAAUAUUCUUUCACUUUUCUGAUUCAAUUCCAUUGAAAGUUCUUUCAUUAAUUUAUUUUUGCAUAUGUUUUGAAGUCAAAUUAAUAUAUUUCAGCUUUAUAUAAUGGACAAACUCAUUUCCAACAUAAAGGAAAAUUUGAAUUGCACAAAAAAAAUUUCUUCAUUUUUUCAAGUGUUGCAUUUUAUUAGAUAUCAUAUGCAAUAAACUCUCUCUGAGGUGGAAUUUAUCACUAGACAUAAAUUCUGUUUCAGAAUGGUUUACACAAACACACAUUUUUAUAAAAUAUGAUGAUUAAGAUUCUAUUACAUAAAAGUAAUUAAAUAAUCUUUUAAAACUUGAAACAAAAAUACUUAUAAAUGUAAUUUUUCUUAUUGUUGAAUGUUUACACAUUUUAUAAAAUGAAAAAUAAAGUACUUUUUCAUUGUUUUCUAUUUGCAACACAUGCUUCUGUUAUAAAUCAAAUGUUACAAACUAUUUAAAUUCUAUGAGUUUUUUUUUUUUUUUUUUUUUUUUUUUUUUUUUUUUAAAGCUUUCUUUGAUGUAACCUUCUGUGAUCAUAGUGCCCUUAUCAGCUCAUAAGUCUGAAAUAUAAUUACUACUGUUUUCUUUUUUUGUAAGAGUAAUAUAUUUGAACUAAAAAAAUCAUUGAAAUAUUCAAUUGAACAGUUCAAAUUUCUUCAUCAGUGUUACUAUUGAAUAAUUGAUCAACACAAAUUUCAUCAUCAGUGUUCCAAAUUAAUAAUAAUUCAUGUUGAAAAUAAAGGAUCAUAACUCAAAUCAAGGAGAUGUUUCCUAAGACCACUUUUUGCACCUUUUGUUGACUGUUGACCUUGUUUUAUUGUUAGUCGAGUGUACAGAUAACACACCAAAUAAAUUAAUAAUAUCUAUAUUAUCAGAGGAUAUGCCAGGAGUUAGAUCAAUGUAGCUUGUAAGAGUUAGAUCACUGUAAAAUCAUUUGAGUAAAUGUAUUUAUUAUAUAAUAUUAAUUUUAUCUUAUUUAUUAUUUAAAAACUUUCUUGACUAUGUAUAUCAAAUGUUAACUAAAUCCCCUUCUAAAUUUCUUAUUUAGUUGAAUUAGUUUAGUAUUUGUUUUUUUUUAAGAUAAAUUUCCUAUUUCGAAAAUAAAAAUGAUUUUGUAUUUAAUAAGGCAUGAUUUCUAAAAUAGGCUAUGAAAUGUAAUAAAAGUUAGUUUUUGACAUAAUUGUUGAUAAAGAAUUGUAUCAUAACUUUAAAUCAAGCAAAAAUGUGUAUUAAAUUUCACAUUUUUGUUUUUAAAAAAAUGGUUCAAGGCUAUGAUAUGCACAGGGUGGUCAUAAAAAACUUUUUCUGUGCAUGAACCCCUAACAUCCUAACUGCUUUGAAUUGAAAUGUAAAUAAUGAUUUUUGGAGGCAUCUGCUCAAGUUUGUGCUACAAAUAUUGUUUCUUACCAUUUUAGUUUUUUUUACUAUGAGGAUGACAUUUGGAUGAAGAAAGAUUACCCUUCUAAAAUUUUGAGAUUUGUGCUUCGUAACUUUGACCUUGAGUUAUUAUUGAAUAUUACAAUAAAUUCUCAUAAUCUAGAGCAUAUCCUUUCAAAUAAUGCUAUCUGAAAUUUCCUAUCUGAAUUUUAAUUCGUUAAGGGUUUGAUAAGGAAAGGUUGUUUUUUUAUCAACACCCAGUACUUUUGUUUAUUAACCAUACUUACAAGACCCAUCUCUUGAUCAUGUUUUGCUCAUUAAACUAAGUAUAUCACAAAUUGUAAAUUUGUAGUUAAUGUGUAUAGACUUGUAGCUUUUGUACAAAUGUAGACUAAAACUAUUGUGAUGCAUUUUGUGUGUGUUAAAAAGCUUAAUAAUCAUGAUCUGUUUGUACAUUGAUGUUGCUGUUAUUGUUGGCAUUAAGUGUUAAUUGCAUUUUUAGAACUUUAUAAGCAAGUCUCCUUAGACAGAUAGCUCUUUUUAGUUAAGGAUUUAGCUGAAGUAAUAGGAGGGAUACAGUAUCCAAUCUAGGAUUGGUAAGAUUGUGCCUUUUAAUCAUUGACGUAACACGUAACAUCUAUGCAAAAAAAAAAUUCAAAAACGAAACUGUAACAAAUGCAUGAAUAGGUUUAAUUUGCAUAUGGGAAACAAAUUUUAAGUUUUUAUGAAUGACAUAAACAUGUGCUUUUUAUCUAAGUGGUGUUAAGAAUGAAAAAAUAAUUUCCAUGUGUAAUUUUUUUUAUGUCUGGUAACAUCUGCAUUUUAAAUGUAUAUAGUUGCCUAAAGAAUUAUCUGUGCCUUCCUGCCUUUUCAAAGGCUCAUUUGUUAAAUAAAGCUUUAUUUAAUCUUUGUUAAUGAUAAACUAAUAAUGACUAAUCAAUUUCCAAUUAUACUUUGUACAAUUUUUUUAUUUUUGACUAUCAUACAAAUUGUUUAAUUGUAAGAAUUUGUUCUUCUUCUAUUUUUUCGAAGUUAAGAAGAACGUUUAUUGACUAUACUGUUAAUCGGUGAAUUCUAUAGCUCAGUUAAUAUCCCAGUUAGUCUCUAUAAUUCAUUUGCAGCCUCCAAAACAAAAAAGAAACAAUGUGUAUAGAAUUUUUCUUAGAUAAAAUGAUGUACAAGUUUAGUUUUUAAUGUGAAAUAAUUUAAUUACAAAGAUUUUUAAAAAAAAAAUUAUCUAGAAAUUAUAUUCAAGUUGAAACGAUGCUUACACCUAGAUUAAUGAAAGCAACCAUAAUAUUUUUCUUUUACUCAAUUGUAAGUUUGUUUCUAUUAAUACGGGGAUCUUUUCAAAAGGUGAACAUAGAUAAUUUUGAUUUUCAUUGAAUAUUCUCUCCUUAUUCAAAUACCAAGAAGAAAAUUUACCUUGUACUAUUUUUUUUAUUUAAUAUUAGGACAUUAGAUUAUCCUAAACAAUAAAUUAUUGUUAUAACUUAUCUAGUGCUGCCAUUUGUUGUGAAUGUUAUUAAGAGAUUGUCGGAAUGAAACUUUAUUCUCAUAUUUUUCUUGUUUACCAUCUAAAAAGAAUUUUAAAAAUUUUCAUAGUUAGAUUGGCAAAUUUUACAACUUGGAUGUCAAGAAUUAGCCCUUUUUCUUAGAGAAAAAGAGCUUUUAUGGUUUUUAUAAGAAACUUGUGCAGUUAUUAAUUUUUAUUCCUGUCACUAGACAGAAUUAUAAAUUUGCUCUCAAAAUUUGCCGCAAUUUAAAUUUAAUUAUUAUCUCAGCUUAAAGUUCAAAUCUGUGUUGCGCCCAACCUUUUGAAAACUGCCCUAGUAAUGAAUAUUUUAAAAAUCUGUAAAUUAAAGGGGUUUUUUUCCCCGUGAUAUUAUAAUUUAGUACAGGAUGUCUGAAUAAAUCAAUGUUUUAAAAACUGAAAAAUAAUUUUAAUUCUUAUAUUAGUAUCUGUUAUUUAUACUCAGAUCGAAUGUAAUAUAGUAUUCUCUGCUACAAGUAUCUGUGUUACUUCUAAAUUAAUAUUUUGUUGUGUUACUUUUUCUGCGAACUAAAAAAUAAAGUUUAUGUCGUAUCUAAUCAUGUAUGAUAUUUUUUAUUGAUGUUUUGCUGUUUCUUAUAAAAAUUUAGAUAUUCAAAUUCUUUUCACUUUGAAAGUAAAUUUUUAUACUCUAAAUUUAACAUUGGGUGAGUCCCCUAAAAUGCAGCUACUGGAGGGUUUUCCAGAACUGUGUAAUCAGUUGAAAUCGCCACAGUAUUUUGCAUAAUCACUGUCGUUAGUUGAAGAGUCCUAAUUAGUUUUAAGAUAACCUAGACUUGGAAAAAUUUCCGAUUUCUUUUUUUUUUCUUUGUUAACCAAAGAUUUUGUGUUAAAUUAGCUUUUUAAUUAUAUUUAUUUUUAACUGAAAAGAUUAUUUUUGUAAUAUUUUUUCUGUAACUUUUUUCAUUGAAUUGAAGGUUCAUAUAAAAUAUUCAUUGGAAAGGGAAAAUUAUACAGAUUUGCCAAAUCAGAGCUAGUAAAAAUGUUCUUAUGUCACACAGAAACUAUGUACUGGAUUGUUCCAAACGUCUGCAAUGGUUGUUUACAUUUUAAAAGUUAAGUCAAUUGGGGGGGGGGUGAUAUUUCUAGCCCCAUGUCAGAAUAAAAUCCUUCUAAAAAAUAAUAAUACAAACUAUCUGUUACACUGUGACUCAGUUUCAAUUAUUUCCUUUUAUAUCCAAUUUGUAAAUUUUUUCCUGACAUUCAUGAAUUGUGAGAAAGCUUUACCUUUAAAAAUAGAUAAAUGAAAGUUGCAAUUUUUAAAAUUGGUUGAAUAAUGAAAUAAACAUUCAAAUCUAUGCACACAAAAAAAGGAAGUUGCCUAUAGACACAUGGCAAUUUUUCCAAAAUGAUUUUUAUGCUUGCACUAUACAGUUGAUGAAAAUAUUAAGCCUCUCCAGAGUUCAUAGUUUUUAUUUGUGUUAUCUAUCUACCUUUUUUUAUACGUAAUUUUUAAGUUUCUGUGACAGUUUUCAAUUGCCAGUUUGGUAAAAAAAUUGAAAUGACAGAAACUGACAUCAAAACCAUCCUUUUUGAAUGUUUCUUUAUGCUUGGUGCUUUAAUUUUUUAAAUAUAUAUAUUAAGAAAAGUAGCUAUUAAAUAAUCUUUUUAUAUUUUCAAGUAUUAUACCCUGCUUGUGAGAGUUGGUGGCUCCUCAUGACAUCGUAGUGCAUUGUCUGAAAUUCACUAGUUUAAAUUAUUUCAUUCUUUAUUUUCUCUGAUUUUUAAAACCAUCAAAUGUGUUUAAUUACUCAAUUUCUUAUGUUGACUUUUAGUACUAAAAAACCAAAAUAAAGAGUAUCAAGUUAAAUUAUGAAAAAUUAAAAAAAAGUGCCAAAAUUUUUCUUUUUCUACUUUUAACAUUUAUUUCUGGUAUAUGUGUGCUAUAAAUUUUAAAUAACUAUUCUAAAUGUACCAACUUACUACUCAACUUAUUUUACUGUGUAGAUUCAAUAUACUGCAGCCUGAAUAGUCAUUGCAUGAAAUUUGUUUAAAUAAACUAUAUUUUGCAAGCAAUGCAAUAUUAAGUGCAAUUCAUUGAAUGUUGUAAAAUUUGAAUUUGCACGAGCUUGAAUACUUGUACUGCUGUGCAGUUGUAAAAAUAAAAGGUAAAGUGCUCCACAAAAGAUAUACACUUACCUUGUUUUUUCAAUUGUAUGAUGAUAUACACUUAGUUUACUUUAAAGCAAUAUGUAGUUUAUAAUUUUUGUUUAAUAUAAUAUAACUGUGUUUGAUAUUUUUUACUAUUCAAAUAAUCAUCAAUUGCUCAAAUAUUAGCUCAAUUUGUUUUUCCAGUUUGAUAUAAUUGAAAUAAGCAAAUGUUCAUUAUGAGAAAUUAGUUUCAAAGUAACAUUUAAUCCCUUUGUAUUUUUAUAAUAUGGUAAUAAUAUUAAUUUCAAAAUGGAAAUUAUUUACUAAAUUAUGAAUAAUAUGGUAUAUUAUCUGCUUUUAUUAAUAAAAUGAGGCUAGUUUUCAUUGUUUAAACAAAAUCCUUUAUGUACCUAUUAUUGUAAUAAAAGUAACCUUCAAGUUAUGCUUUAUGUUGUACUUGGAAUAAAGAUAAUUAAAGUAAA